UAAAUACCUCUCUUAUUCUUCCCACGCAGCAUCCUUAGUCGCGACUUUGCAAAUUACCAAUUGCAGAACGCAAGAGAGAGAGAGUCGGCAGGCAGCGCACAAAUAAAAGCACAAGACAUUGUUGCUUUGCCUGUAGAGGAAGAAUCAAUACUCGUCGUUUUGGCUUUUAGGGCUUGAAAUUCUGUUCCACCUUCGACUUCAUGGCUUCUGUGGUGGCAUUUACAGAUGAUGCGGUUCUUCCUGUAAGUCUUGUUUUUGAUGCAUUGAAGGAGCUUGGGAAUGGAGCUACUGAAAACUGCAAACCUCAAAUUAUGACCGAAGUGUCUUCUUUAAGUCAGCUGCCCCUGGGGUCUUCCUCUGUGGACGUUGUUUUUACUCUUUGUAAAUCGAUUGAAUUUCCAAGUGAGCAGUUGUUAGGGGAAAUCUCAAGGGUCUUGAAGCCUGGUGGAUCAGUCCUAAUUUACAAGACUUCUGAUUCUUCCACAGGGGAAAGUGAUAAGACCACCUCUGUUAUUGAGCGCAAGUUACUAUUGUCUGGUUUUCUAGAAGCACAAGCUCUUCAAGGGAAAUCAAAUUUACCAUCUGAGUUGUACUUUGGGGUCAAGGCUAAAAAACCUUCCUGGAAGAUUGGUUCAUCCUUUGCCUUAAAAAAAACCACCAAAAGUUUACCAAAAGUUCAGAUCAAUGAUGAUUCAGAUCUGAUUGAUGAGGAUAGUCUAUUAACAGAGGAGGACUUAAAGAAACCCCAGCCACUUCUAGCUGGUGAUUGUGAAGUUGGAAGCACAAGGAAAGCUUGUAAAAAUUGCACUUGUGGGAGGGCUGAAGAAGAGCAGAAAGUGGAGAAGUUAGGCUCGACGGUAGAUUUGAACAAUUUCAAGUCGCAAUGUGGCAGUUGCGGACUAGGUGAUGCUUUUCGAUGCGCUACAUGUCCUUUUAAAGGUCUUCCUCCAUUCAAACCAGGCGAGAAGGUGUCUUUGUCAGCGAACUUCCUUGCAGCAGACAUCUAAACUAGAACCGCUCUCUUGUUUUGGGGGAUGAGGUUUUUGGAUAAUUAAGAAUGGUGCUACGUGGUGAUGGGUUUCUCCACAAGUUGGGUUACUGCUCUCCAGAUAUUUGAGAUUUUGGGUUGUAGUUGUUCUGAAUUGAAACAUAAAAUAUUCUUGUACCUAAUAAGGAUGAUAUUCGUUUCUUGGAUUAGCAUUUGUUACAUUUGU